AUGUCGGUGCUAAACACUUUGAUAUUAGAGGGAAAAGUUGCACUUUCUUAUUUCAUUGCUUGCAUUCUCUUAGUUUUAACUCUAUUUCAAAGCUGUAGUCUCACGGAAAUAUGGAGUAUCGCCACGAGAGGCAUAAUUCUUGGAUUAACCAUGUGUGCGACUUGUUUCGUUCCAUAUUCUUCUGUUGCCAAGAGAGCUGCCCUGUUAGGUAAGCAUAUAGGAAUUUGUAACAACUGUUAAGAUUGUUGUUCCAACGAAAAUUUCCUAAGUGUUACCGGCAUCAUUUUUUUCGCUAAAAAUAAUUUUUUAUUUCGAUCUAAUCGAGCGCGUCUUUGCGAAAAUGAGACAACUGAUAUAGACUUACGGUGGUUUAUUUGCGGUUGGCGUUUCAUUUUGUACGUGACACGACUUUUGUUGGCAAACUAGGAAAGUGGAGAGCUACUCUAUUGUGGCAUAGAUAAAACAUAUCAAAGGAGAAGUUGAUGGCCAGGUUAAAUUACUUUUUAAGUUCUUAACCGAGGCCACAAAUUGCUCUAUAGACGUCAUUCGAUAUCAAUAACCAAAUGGGUCUACUUUCGUCUAAUAUUCAAUGCUGUGCAACAUUUUUCAUAAAUUUUAAAUUCACUAUUGUUACAAAAUGUUUCAAAUUGUUGAAUUAUAUUAUUAAUUAUGCGCACUAUUUGAUUGGUCUUUACUUAUGAUCUACUGGGGGACAGAUGCAUAGAUACUGUCACUACAAACAGCAUUUUGCUUCCUUGCUAUAUAAACCAAAUAGAUUCCAUGUUGCCAAUUGUCGGUACAGCAAUAGAUCACAGAUGAUAUCCAAAUUUGGUUAGAUAAUCAGAGACACACUCGGCUGGUUUUCAUGUCCUUUUUUUUUGUCCUUACUGCAUUUUGAUAUCAUUUGUGAUCUAUUGCUGAACAGAUGCAUAGCGACAUGGAAUCUAUUUGUGAACCCUUUACAACCUAAUAUCAGUAUGCAUAUUCUCCAUACUGUUCUCCUUACAUUUCCAAAGAGACUGACAAGGAGAAUUUGUUUGAUAGUUAAGAGCUGCUUAAAUAGUUAGUAAUCAUCUCCUGUAUUCUCAAGACUUUCAUGUGUGAUUCAGGGAGGAUAUAGUAAGGAGAAACUAGAUGCUAAUCACUCUUAGGGUGUAAAGGGUUAAGGUGACAUCAGAGUCUUCAUGAAGAACUUAAAAUUUUUCUUCACUUAUACUCACAAAUGCUAUUUUAUAUAUUUUGACCCAAAGGUAUCAUUUUUGGAAUUGCCAUUCUACUAAGCUUGGGUGAAACAUUCUGGAAAUAUUUUGGCUGGUACCUAGCUUCAUUAUCAUUCUUUCACCUCUCUGAAUAUGUCAUGGUAGCAUGUUAUUCUCCAGAUAAGCUAUCUGUGGAUUCAUUUCUGCUGAAUCACAGUCCAGAAUAUCAAAUUGCCGCUGUUGCAAGUUGGAUUGAAUUUGGUGUAGAACUGUGGCUUUUCCCUUCCAUGAAGAACAUGUUCGUUGCAAGCUCCAUGGGUUUGCUGUGUAUGAUUGGAGGAGAAACUUUACGAAAGCUUGCCAUGAUAACGGCUGAAUCUAAUUUUACCCAUAUUAUUCAGACCAGAAAGGAGAAAAGCCAUGUGUUAGUGACCCAUGGAAUUUAUAGUUUAUGUAGACAUCCAGGGUAUGCUGGCUGGUUCUGGUGGAGUUUAGGUAAAUGCUACGGUGACCCACAACUGUUAUGGCAAUAACAAAUACCUCAUGGCAAAACCAAAAAGCUCACAGAAAAAACUAAAAGGCUCACGGAAUAAUUAUUUCAUGUUCAGAGAGAUCAUGAAAAUUUGUCUUAGCCUUUUGGUUUUGCUGUAAGGUAUUUGUUAUUGCCAUGACGGUUGUGGGCCACUAUAAAAUACAGAUAAGUUAUUGUAAGACAAUAGACACUUACACAGUGAUCAGUUCAAAGCUUCAACAUCCCCCUUCCUCUCCCCUCCUGGGUAACCCACAGGCAUUUGAACAUCUUCUGUGUCUGGUGGGUGGAGAAUUUAAACCUUGUCUGGAUGGGGUGGGGAAUUUGAACAAGUAGUCUCAAGUCUUUCCAGCUGAAAACAAGUGUUAUAUCUUCAAAUAUGGAGAUGUUUACUGGUAAGUAUUAUAUACCUAGACUUUCACUCAACAAAACAAGCAAUGUGAUUGUUUGAUUCUUGGUCACAUGCCCCUGAUCAAAUUCAAAUGUACCCGACCAGGAUACAAUUGAGCAGUUGUUGCCCACAUGCAUGUGAAUAAAGAAGUUGUACCAUCUUUGUUUGUUUGUUUUUGCCAUAUGAUUGUUUUAGGGAAAAUCUAAUAAAAAUAACACAGUACUUAGUGUAUGUUCCCUCGGGAAACUAGUUAGUUUUGUUUUCCCACGAGUCCUGGUGUUUCCCAAGACAAAGUGGAGGGAACAUCAGCACUUGAAGGAAAACAAAACUAACUGUUUUCCUCGGGACCGUACAUCAAGUGUAUAAUAUUUCACUUUUGCGUGCAAAUAGCUCAGAAGAGAGAAGUCUAUAAGGUUGCAGAUUUUCCUUUUACAAAAGCAUUGGAAGAGGCAUUUGAUCAUAAUUUUUCUCCAGCAGGAGUAGGAAUUUAAACAAACCAAUUUUUAAAGUUCAUAUACCUACAUGGGGGUUGCCUGGGUUGGGGGGGAUGUUGAAGCUGCUAGUUGAUCAACCCAUUAAUUUCCCCUCUCUAGGGUCAAACAGAUGAUUUUGUUUUCCCGAGAGUUCAAGACUCAUGGGAAAACAAAACUGACUGUUUUUAGGUUAAAACAAAACUUCUGAAAUUUUCAUCACUUUGUGAUCAUAUAAUAGCAUGCUUAUUUACUGAGAUUGGUCAGUUAAUUAUAAUGCCCAGACUUUGCUCCUGUUGGUCCUUACAUCAUUUUUUCCCAUCCAGUGCUCAGUCAAUAAGUACAUAAUAUCUGUUUUUAAAGACAAAUUUCUACAUGUUUUUCCCAGGAACACAACUCACAUUGUGUAAUCCCAUUUGCCUCAUUGGUUACAUCUGGGCCUCAUGGAGAUUUUUCAAUGAACGUGUCUAUGAUGAGGAAAUCACAUUAAUUGAUUUCUUUGGUGAAGAGUACUUGGCCUAUCAGAAGAAGGUCACAUCUGUAGGAGUCCCAUUUGUCAAAGGAUUUGAAUACAAUGUGGAGAUGGUAAAGAACUCAUAGUUGAUUGAUGGAAGUCACUCUACAUGCAACUACAGUAAGCAGAACAUUAAAGCUUUUAAAAAGGAGAAGUGAGCUCCAGAAACUUAUUAUUUGUACUUUUCCAGUACGAAUUGUAUAUGAACGUUUGUGCUUCUAUGCACAUGAGGCAUCUGGCAGAGAAUGCCAUUUAAUUCUGUUGGUUGCCAGUCUGUCAGGCUGCCUCCAUCUGGAGCUGUGCUGUGUUCCUCGUUUCCCUUUCUAUGGUUGUCCACCAAGUUUCCUCAGAUCAGCCUCUCUUUCAUUGGCCAUCUGGAGAAGGGCCACUCUUGGUAGAGCUGAUGGUGACAUUCAGAGCACACACUAUCAAUCCAGCUCCAUCUUCUUCAUAGGCCAUAAGAUUCAAAGAAUUCUUUACAACCAUUUGUUCUGGAACCCAGGUGAAUUUGUUACAUCUGUGCAUUUAAUGCAAGCCUAGAAAGGUUUGGUUACUCUUGGGAAUCUCAAGAAAAUAGUCGCCAUAUUUUCAUCUUUAUUUUUCGGAUGUGGAGAUAAACACUGUAAAUUAAUUUUAUUGGUUUGAAGAGUAUGUUUCUCCUCUCAUAGGCUAAUGCAGAUGGUGAACACACAUUUUGUGCCAAAUUUGUAUGAUUUUGUUUUUUAUGUUGCUGGUCAUACAUCCACAAGUUUUAAUUUUUUAGAUGUAAAGAAUUAAUUCUGUUGAUGAUUAAUUUGUUUUUAAUAUAACAAUUAAUAUCAUUUACAAUAGCCCUAACUUAGAAAACAUUAAACAAAUUUUUGAGUUGAUUUUCAGGGAUCAACUUUGUAUUGACUAUUCAACUUAAAUAUCAGUAUCUAUAGAGGAGCAAAUCUUAAAGCUACAUACAAAUUGUUGUGAAUGUUUGAGGUUUGUUUUUCUUGUACAAAAUUUGCUUUUCCUUAAAACCAUAUACAACAAAAAUGAAGUUGUGUAAAUAUUUCCAAUGGUCACAUGUACAGUUUCUAGGCUGCACAGUAAUAAUAUUUAAGGAUUCACUUAAACCUAUUAAACCUUUAACUCCCAGAAGUGAUGAAAAGGUCAGUUCUCUCUACAAUAUCCAUACACUAUCCAGCAAACAUGUAAUAAGAAUACUCAAUACUCAGGUUUAAGUUGUCAUCCUGAUCUUACCGUAAAUUCUCGUAACUUAUUUACAAGGAAAUAUGUAGCAGCUAGAGGGGAGAAUUAACAAUCUGAUCUUGGGAGUUAAAGGGUUAAAUACUAAUAUUUUCUCUUCAUUGAAUGUCCUCUCUCUGAGGUUGUUUUGUGUUGGCACCAGCCUUUAUUUCUUAUUUACUUUGUAUUUGAGUAUGCAAUUUCUUCUCAUAUUAAUUAUAAUUGCGUCUAGAGGUUGACGUCUUUUGCUCUGGAUGAUAAUGUUAAGAUUGUAUCUUUGGCUUGAGAGGGGAUUUGCAAACUUCCCCAGUUGUACGAAAGGAGAUUCAUGGGGGUGUUGCAUAACAGCAUCUAGUGAGGGCUUCACAUGAGGCAUAACAAAGCAACAAAACUAAAACAAAAACAAUAAAUGCAUGUAGGAAAAAAUCUUCUUCUUUGUGGGGCAGUCAUUAUUUAUGGAUUUUUUUGGGGAACACAUGGUUUCAGGAGGGAAC